GACGAGAACUAGUAUUCCAAAUCCUAGAGAAAAUACGGUUACACUUUUCGAAAUGAUAGGAUGGAAAAUAUCAGCAAAGUGGAUGCGAGAGCAUUGGCCUCAAACUUGGUGAAGAAUAUGCAAAAGUCCAUUCUGACACCAGAUGCUGAUGUCAGAAACUCGUCUGUCGUCACAACUUCUUUCGGAUCAAACGCUAAGCCUGAAGUUUGUGAACAAAGUUGCAAAGUCGAAGAGUUAAAUUCUCAUCAUCGAGGUACCUGCAAUCUAGAUCCAAACAUUUCUCUGGGUUUUCAGAAGUUUGCAGUUGAUGGAGGUAGUGGAGAUGCUUUCGAGCGGAAAGUCACGUCUUUCGAACGUUCGUCAAAACAAUCGAAUACGAAAGUUCGCCAGUCGUAUGAAUCACAAGGGGAUGGUGGGCCAGAGAAAAUCUUGAACGGAGAAACGAGUUCUAAGAGUACUCCAAGAGUGAACGUCUCGUUUAUUCGCCAGAAGCGUUUAGCUUUCUUCGACAACAGCCUUGGACCGAAGGAAGGAGGAGGAUAUUUAUUGCAAGACAAUAACCGUAAUGUUUUGACCAAUAUUUCUACUAGCGACUCGCCCGAGUUACAUGUAGAGGCUCGUAAGUGUAGCUCCUCGAGUGCAAAGCAGUUUGAUGUGCCUUUGCCUUCAAAGUGCAACGGUUACGCAAGAAAUGAUUCAUUAGACAGGAUGUAUCAGUCGAGAUCGUCAGAAACGCCUUUCUUGUUGCAUUCUGACAAGGGUACCAGUAUGCCUUAUCCAUACAAGUCACCUCCAGUGACGGGACUGGAUCAUGAUGAAGAAGACUUCAGACUGGAGUUAUGGGGCCUAAAAGAGGCUGUGCAUUCUGGAGAGCUUGAUAUAAAUGCAUAUGUCAGAAAACCAACAUGGAAAGGUGACUGCUAUUCCAGCUCGUUACCAGGAAAAUGUGACGAUGAUAAUAAUGAUUUGCACUCUGGUGGUAAAAUUUCAAGCUAUGAGAGAAGCAAACCUAUCAAAAUUCCCAAAAGUCCACCUAACAAUCAAUAUCUCUUUUAUGCCAAGGAUGAUCAUGGUGGCAAAUUUGCAAAUGAAUUAAAUGCUGUUGACAGUGGAUAUUAUUCUGAAGAAUACAGAACGUAUUGCAAUCCCACACAAAUUUCUCAUGGGGAACAUAUUUCAAAUGGUUUUGAUGGCACUGAGCCACAGAUAAAUGGUCCACUCUAUUAUGGUUUUGAAACUUCUGAUUCUGAGAGUAGUAUGUUAAGUUUUGGCUCUAAGUGUGAUGACGUUCACUACCGCAAAGUUGUCAAAAAGCAAGAUCCCCUUGUUAGGGAAGGAAGACUUCAUGGAAAGCAGCCAAGAAAUGGUUACAAGCAACAAGAGAGAAAAGCCAAGCCUAAGAAAGGGAAAGAAAAAAUUCUUAUGGAACUGACUGAAUUUAUCAAAGAAUCAGAAACUCCAAAAUAUAUGAAGGAAUCAAGGCAGGGUAGAAGAGCAUCUGAUAUUAUGAAUGGAGACAAUGGAUUAGAUGCAUUUUCACCAAGGACUUUGAGGGAUGGUUUAGUGGAGGAAACAUCUGUGACAAAUUCAAAUCAUGAUCUAACAAUAGAAAGUAAAGUUUGUGAUCAAAGUGUUGCUGGUUUAAGUAAUCAUCCCAAACAAAGUAAAGGGGUUAAAGAGCUUGAGGAAAAUCCAGGAGAUGUCAUGGGAAAGAUUUGUCCAAAGUGUGAUGAAAUUAACAGUAGGGCUGCUAAUUGGUGUAUUGAGUGCGGUACGGCACUAAUUUGUGUACAAGCAUCUUGUUUAACUACACAACAACAAAAACACUUUGAAAAGCAAUGUCUGGAGACCCAAGCCUUAAUUAAGGAAACUUUGAAAACAUCAACAAACUUGUCUCACAUUUUGUCGAGUGAUAAAGCUUUGAAAGAUGAAAGCUCUUUGAAUAAUGACAUAUCCAGUCUCUCUUUACAAGCCUCUCAAAGCACGAAUGAUUUGCAGGAGAGGAAGUACUCUUCUAGUCCUCAAGGCUACAAACGCCGCUGGAUACGCUCAAGCAUUGCUUGGAGUAGUUACCAUUCUAAUGAACUUUCAAAGAGUCACUCAUUUGGGAAAGAAAAAAUGAAAGAGAGGAACAGAGCAACAUCCUUUUCAGAUCUUGUGACCUGUUCUUCAAAUGAGAAAGGUGGCAAACAUAAGAGACAUGGUCGAAACAGGUCUACAAGGCAAAGAACAGUGAGUUGUAGCUCAUUUGGAACUGAAGAUGAAAGAAGAAGACCUGAUCAAAGGUCACAAACUACUUUGGGAAAAGACUGUCAGAGAGAAAACAAUCCUAGGACAUGUGUUGUGGAUAGAUGGAGUCCCCCUGUUGAGAAACAGAAUAAAAGAACAAAGAAGGCACAGCGCAUGGUUGAUCAGAGAAUCCCUCUGGAAACCCAGUCAUGUCCAAGUCUGGUGAAGAGCUCAAGCUCCUCUUCUCUGAACCAGGAGAAAAAGCCUACUAUGUCACAGGCUGCAGAAGCUAUUGUACCACCUCUGAAUCUUCAAGAUGUUGAAAGUUAUGACAGAAUUUUGACUCUGAUUCGCUCUCAACGAGACAGUGAUCCAGUGCCUUACCUUUGCAUGCCUGAUGAGCUGGUGUUGUCAAUUUUCUCUUUUUUACCACACAAAGACUUGGUAUCUUGUUCACGAGUGUGCUGGCAGUUUUAUAGAAUCUCCAUGGAUGAAUCUUUGUGGAAAGUCAUUGUGGUGAAAAAGAACAACAACAUAACUGAUGAAUGGUUACAAAUUAUUGGCCAGCGCCGACCAGUCAGUUUGACCAUUUCUCAAUGUCGCAGUGAUAAAGUUACAGCUAAAGGCCUCCGGGAUUUGUUCCGCAACUGCAGUGAUUCGUUAGAGGACCUGAAUUUUAGUCGUUGUGGUGGCAGUGAGGUGAUUGGUGAGUCUAUAUUGCUGCAUGUAGCUGCACGCUGUCAGUGGCUUAAGUCUGUGGAUGCUAGCUGGAGCAAUGUUAGUGACAAUGGAGUCCAAGCAUUAGCCGAUAAUGUGAAGAGAUUGGAGUGUCUUUGCCUGAAUGGCUGCCAAGCAGUUACAGACCAGUCUAUAAAGUGUGUGGCAAACAAACAUGGCAGUUGCCUCAGAAUUUUUGAAGUCUUUGGCUGCUUUAACAUCACAACAGCAGGGAUUCGGCUUCUUAGUCAGACUUGCAGGCAUUUGCAGACCUUAAACAUUGGCCAAUGCUACAAGAUCACUGACUCUGCUAUUGGCUCGUUGGUCUCUAAUCUUCCAGAACUAGAAAACCUUGAUCUUCGAGGGUGUAAACAUGUACGUGAUUCAGCCGUGAAGAAGAUUGUCCGUCACUGUCCUUUGAUAACCACACUAGCACUUGCUAACUGCCCUCUGAUUACAGACGUUUCUUUGGCCGAGAUCGCCACUAACCUUCCUAAAAUAAGGUCUCUGGAUAUAUGCGGAUGUUCAAAAGUUAGUGAUAACGGUAUCUGCGCUCUUUCAAAGAACUGCCACAGACUGGAACUAUUAGACUUAACGUCUACUGGAGUGGGUCAGAAGAGUGUCUUGUCACUCGCCAACUACUGCAGUCAGAGUUUGUGCAAUUUGAAGCUGAGUUUCUGCACAGACAUUUCGGAAAACACGGUGGUUCACCUUGCUAAACAAUGCAAAAGGUUAACCAUGUUACACUUGUAUGGAUGCAAGCGAAUACGUAACACAUCGUACCUGAGAUUGCUCAACCCAGCUCUUACCAUUGAAUGUUAAAGUGUGAGGACAUUUGAUAUCUUCUUUCUGUUAAGAAAGAGGAGGUUUGGAGACGAGCAUGCAUUGCGAAAUAUUGGCUUGUCUGUUCACGCCAUUAUUUCAGAAUCUUCGUUUCGAUUUCGAGCUUUCCAGUGUAAAUACACGUGUUGCGAUGCGUUUAAAUAAUGCUUCGACGCAGGCUAACAUUUGUCUUUUGAUUUGCGAUCCUCUCCACAAGCCUCCAUACCAUGUAACAGCGUGUUCACAGAGCGGUCAAACGAAGGGCAUGCGCAAAUCGACUAAGUUUUCGCAACCGUGCGCCCAUUUCACGAUAAAACUGAUCUCAAAGAAAACUUUAAAAAAAUUAUAAUAAUGCAAACAAACUAAAAAAAAAAAAAAAAAAAAAACCCACCGGUGUCGCGGCACAAUUUACGAACAAUUUUAUCGUUUAUAAAAAUCUGUAAAGGCAAAACAGAAGAAGGAAGAAAAGUUGGGGUUUUCGAUCGCGAAAGUUACUUAAUUGCGGGUACUUUGAACUUUAAACUUUUUUUCAGAGCUUUAUUAAGAGUGUUAUACGCAUUUAGAAACCGUGGCUUACUAGCUUUUGUGGUUGUUUGUAACCCUAUGAGGCAAUUUGGUUCUGAUAGUCUUAGCGCAAGAUGUUGGGCCGCCUCUUUGUUGUUCAACUUUUGCACAUGCGUAGACCUUUGACCGCUCUGUUUUUAGUGUGAACUGGUGUAAUACUGUGGUUCUUACAAGGGUGGGUUAGGGCUACUCUGCACUGGUCAUUUUUCACAAGUAGUGUGAAAUAUUAGGGAGAAACUGGAGAGCUGUUGGGUUCCAUAAGUUUUAAAAAAGAAGGGACAGCGUCAGUAAGUUUAGAGAUACAAUGUAAUUGUUCGUUUAGAUUAAGGAAGUAGAAGUUAUGAACUAGAAAAAAGGUUUGAUUUCUGUGAAAUUUGCGUGGGUUAAUAUGUAGUUAAGAAACUGUCUCUGUAAGCGUCUUACAUCUCAAUGUUGUCUUCCAACCCACUUUUUUUUUUUUCGAGAGUAACGCAUCACACUUCUUGUAAGAGAAUUCAGGUUUUGAUAGAAUGACUAUUUCUUGGGAAAAAAGAGUUUUUCAGGUACUUGUUGGUGUAGUUUAACAGUUGCUUGUGUAGUUUGAUCGUUCUUGUUAGAUAGUGAAUGUUUUUUUUUUUUUUUUUUUUUUUCGAACCUGGGCAUACCUCACUAGUAAAGAAGAAUUGCAGACUUCCGUGAUAAAAACGCCCUUUUGAGUAUUAGCCUCACCUGGACGAUAGUGCUACACAAUCAACUGUUUUUGCUUUGGUUCCCUUUGUUUCUUUUUGGUUUUUCAUUUUUUUGGUAGUUUUUCAGUGUCGAGUUUCUUCGUUGUACACCAAUUUUAAUCUAAUAUGACAGCUUGUCACGCAACGUGCUGCCUCUGUUAUGUGACCAUAAUAAGCCUGAACAGUGGCGCUGAAACAAACUACAUCUUUUUGAGUUAUGCAGAGGUAAGAUUUGAGUGAUUUGUCGAUCAUCACGGUACCGAAAAUUUUCACUUUUAUUGAUAUGAAAUAUUACCGUAACCCAAUGACAAUUGUUUUUUCGAAAUCGAGUUUUCUCUUUUUACUUUCGUCCAAAAGCCUUCGCAGUUUUUUCGUCAAGUCUUGGAUUCAUUUCUGUCAGAAAAGAAUAAAUAAAUGUAUCAGUAAAAUUACUCAUAAAAUGGAAUUCACGAAAUACGCUUGUGCAAAUUUAGUAAGAUCUUGUAAUAAAGUUAACUCUUUAUUUUGCCAA